AUGAAAAAGGGGAGAACAACUCCGCACCUGCUAGUACUACUACUAUGGUCAUUCGUAUGGUCCUUCUUUCUCAUUUGUAAUCGCGCAAGCUGCUUCAGAUAUGGCAGUAGCGAAGCAAAGGGGGUUCUUACGAUAGGGAGAAAAAGGAGUGGCUUUCGGAACAGAAAAAAGGUGUUCGUCCUGCAAAACUAUGGGAAGGAAUUUUCUGAAAGAGUAAAGAAGCUAAACCACCUAUCCAAUUUUCUAAAAAUUGAUGCGUACCCAUCGUCCUUCAUAAAAAGAACGAUAAAGAUAGACGAGUUGAAGAGAAAGUAUGAGCAUUUAGAAAAUGGAGAAAAGGACGACAAGGAAAGGUAUGUCAUAUACGGUCGAGUAACAGUCAAAAGGAACGAUGGAAUGUUCCUGAAUGUACAGGAUGAUGGUGGCACUGUACAAAUAUAUGUCGAUGCACAUUUGGCGCUUAAGGGAGCAAGCAAAUGGAAGGGAAAGAGGAAUGAUUGUCUAGAGAGCCAAGGGGAGAAUGAACAGGGGAAGAAGAAUACUUGUCCAGAUGCAGAGCAAAAUAGGAUUAGCUGCAGUCACGGUGAUGGUAAUGCUACACAUGAAGGGGAAAGCCAAUUCCCCUUGGGCAAAGAAGGAGAGAUUCCCCACAAGGAAAACUCAAUAAGAGUGAGAAAAAUUAUCGAAGUAGGUGAUUUCAUAGCCAUCAAAGGAUUUGUUAGAAAAUCCCAAAGGGGAGAAAUAACAUUACACGCAGAAGAAAUUUUCCUGCUAGCUAAAUCCUUGCAUCCCUUGCCAGACAAAUAUAAAGGAAUGAAAGAUGUUGAAUAUAAGUACAGAAAAAGGUACCUCGACUUUUUAAUCAACAAGGAAGAAAAGGAAAAAAUCCUUACAAGAUUUUAUGUCAUACAAGAAAUUAGAAAAUUCCUGCUAAAAAAAAAAUAUACCGAGGUAGAUACCCCAAUAUUACAGUCCAUCGCUGGAGGUGCCUCAGCUAAACCAUUUGAAACCUUAUUAAACUCCUUGAAUUUAGUUCUCUAUUUAAGAAUAGCACCUGAGCUCUAUUUGAAAAAAUUAAUCAUAAGUGGAAUUUCAGAACAAAUUUUCGAAUUCAGCAAAUGCUUCCGCAAUGAAGGCCUAAGUACCAUUCACAACCCUGAGUUUACACUUUUGGAAAUUUAUAAAGCCUACUCUAAUUAUAAAUAUAUGAUUACAUUUGUUGAAAAGUUAAUAAAAAGUGUGUCGAAGAAAAUUUCUCUCCGUUCGAGUGAUGAUAAGAGUUUGCUGUAUGAAAAUAAAUGGAAAAAAAUCUCCUUCAUGAAAAUACUAAAAGAUUAUACGUGUGUGGACUUUCUCAACUUGUCGUUCGAUGAAGCUUAUAAUGAAGCAAAGAAAUUAAACGUAACAUUUGAUCAAGGGAAGGAAUACUUAAAUUGGGGCCUCGUUACUGAGGAGGUUUUCAAACGGAAGGUGGAACCAUUUUUAGAUAAGCACCCUAUUCAUAUAUAUCACCUCCCUGCAGAAACAUCUCCUCUAGCCAAAACGUUAAGCAAAAAUAAAAGGCUGUCCGAACGGUUUGAAACGUACAUAGGGAAGAUGGAAAUAGCGAAUGGCUACUCCGAGGAGGCCAACCCUCUAAUGCAGGAAAGGAAGUUCAUUUCUCAAUAUACUUUAAAGCAUAAAAAGCGUGAAGACCGCAGUAUUCACUAUACAGAUGGGUUUACUCCUCCGGAUGAUGCUCGUUCAGAUGAUAAUAGAGGGGACCCAAACCAUGGCAAUAUUCCCUCUGGUCAGGAAUUUCCCAAAGGACCAGAACAAAUUAAAUCAAAAAUGCAACAUAUGGAAAAUGACCAUCACGAAAUCGACUACGAUUAUGUAACCGCCUUGGCGCACGGUUUGCCCCCAACGGGAGGCCUAGGAAUAGGCAUAGAUCGCUUGUGCAUGCUGCUGACUAAUUCUUCAUCGAUCAAAAAUGUGCUACCAUUUCCGAUAAUUAAGCCACAUUGA